CUCUUUGUUUGUUACCCUAUGUCGAAGUCGUUGUGUUUUCGAGUUUUGCCCCAUAUAACACUAGUUUCUUGAAACAAAUUUGCUUUCAUUAUGACUUGUACAGUAUGAGGGCAAUAUCUUAUGACGAUUUUAUCAAUGCUGCUGAAGAGUUUUUAAAAAUAUCGCAAAAUAUAAACGACGGAUGGCAACUGUUGCAACUACAAGAAGAUAAAAGUAAGACAUAUCUCAAGAAAGAGAGCUUUAAAGUGUGUGAGGGAACAGGUGAUUCCACUCUUCUAAAAACUGAAUAUGUCAUAUUUUACAACCAUAGCUAUGGAGUACCAUCAUUUAGUUUUAAUGUUUGGAACUCAACAGGAGCCCUACUGACUUUGGAGAGAAUAAGACAAAUGUCUUUUAUCAGUAUCAGUGAAAAGGACUUUUACUCUAUUAUAACCCAACAGGAGCACCCAUUAUUCUUUCGUCCAUAUUUCAUGGUACAUCCUUGUCACACUGAAGAACUGCUCUUAGUGUUCAAGAACAAAUCAAAGAACAUUAUUGUGACAUUUCUUGGAUUUAUAACUCCAUUGAUAAAAUUAGAUUUACCAAUAGAAUAUGGCCUGUGAGAUUUGUUUUAAUAUAUGGUUUAUUUUAUUAUGCA